UGAUAACCUCAUACUAUGAGUAAUGUAUUACUAGUGUAUCUGUGGACUGUUAAGAAUAUUUUCUCUUUUGUUCCUUAUUAUUAAGGAAUUAUCAGUGUUAAAGUAGGCACAUAAAAUGUAGCAGCACCUUUUUAUUUGAUUGUAGCCCCUUGUUACUAGCUGACCACCUGUUGCUACAUUGCAACUACACUUGAGUGAAGCGCACGAAGCACGUCCUCAUGGUUAGGCUUUUGGCGUCACCACACCCCACCCCUCGAGCUUCUUUUCUCUUCGUUGAUUGGACGACAGGGUACAGAGAAGGCGGGCCUUCUGCAAAGUCCUCACCAAGUUUUUUUUUUUUGUUGCUUUACAGUUAGACCUUCAGACAGCUCAUACACCGGUGUUAGUCGGGCAGACUACAUCUGAGCAGUCUGAAAGGAAGAUAUUCUCACGCCGUAUCUUCAUGUUUUAAACUAUGGUUGGAGAUUAUUGCUCCUUUUCUGGAGAUAAGACCGAUAUGCACUCUCAGGGAAACUCCAAAAGCGGACUAAGUUGCAAAAUGGUGCUUCAGGCAGUCGGAAAAGUACUAAGGAAGUCGAAGACGAAGCCAAAUGGAAAGAAGCCACCGGCAGAAGAGAAGAAGCAGUACUUGGAGCUAGAGUACACAAAAAUCCGCGUGGUGGACUUUGACCUCAAGGAGCUGGUGGUGCUGCCCAGAGAGAUAGACCUCAACGAAUGGCUAGCAAGCAACACAACAACAUUCUUCAAUCUUAUCAACCUGCAGUACAGCACCAUCUCAGAGUUCUGCACUGGGGACACUUGUCAAGCCAUGACGGCCUGCAACACAAUAUACUACUGGUAUGACGAGAGGGGGAAGAAGACAAAGUGCACUGCUCCGCAAUAUGUCGACUUUGUAAUGAGUCUUUGUCAGAAACUGGUCACAGAUGAGGAAAUCUUUCCUACGAAAUACGGCAAAGAGUUUCCCAACUCCUUUGAGUCCUUGGUAAAGAAAAUCUGCCGGUACCUGUUCCACGUGCUGGCUCACCUCUACUGGGCGCACUUUAAAGAGACGGUGGCUCUAGACCUGCAGGGCCAUUUGAACACUCUGUAUGCACAUUUCAUCGUUUUCGUAAGGGAAUUCAACCUGGUCGACCCCAAGGAGACCUGUAUCAUGGACGACCUGUCCGAAAUCCUCUGCACCCCUGCCCCGCCACCUGCGCCCGCCCCGGCCUCCUCUGCCCCAGCCUCGGCGCCCUCCCCCUCUUCACAAAACCAUGUGACAGAGAGAUGAGCGGGGGUGGCAGUGAGACAGCAGCCCCGGGGGGUGAUGGAAGAUAAGAUAGAGAAGGAGAGAAGGAAAGACAGCCCUGGCCCCCUUCCUUGGUGCCAGCAGGACUUAAGAGACCUUCCACUACCCUUAUAUUUCGCUACAACACCAACCAACCAGCCGGAAGGAAGGGGGGGAGGGUUUUCGGGGGGUUUAGGGUGGCGGGGAGGGGUUUGUCACGCCAGCAGGAAUUGGCGUGAGUGUUCGUCCCAUGGGGCAAAUCCCUCCCAUCUUCUCUGCAAUUUAAACUAGGAACAAAAAAGUAUGUGUAUGUUUUAUUUUUUAUUUUUCACUUUUAUUUUUGUUGAAAUUUUAUUCAGUUUUUAUUUUUUGUUGUGGCGGGGGGGGGUGGGGGGUGCAGUGUGUGUCUAUUGGCCCCUCUCCUCCCUCCCCUCUAUCCUCUACCUAACAUGCAGUACAGGAAGGGGGCUCUGCUUUGCUUCAACCUGCUAUUGUACAGUGUUGUUAAUGUGUGGAGAAGAGGCAUCUCUGCUCACGUGCGGGCUCGUCCCUCCCUCUUUCUGCAGCGGAGGGACGCUGCCCGCGGGCACAGGGCCACUACGCUGCCCAGUAGGGAGCCAUGUUACUGCCUGACGGGGCGUUACUAGCCAAUCACUGUUUGGGUUGUUUAUGUGGGGGGAUAAUUAAAGCGCUUCCUACUCAGGACCUGAGAGAAUACGUCACUGCUGCCAGAGAGAAGUCGCUCUCUUUUUUUUUUUUUCUCAUUCUCUGUCCCUUGUUCACUAGAAUGCUCAGUCCUUCAUGUGACAGAUGUUGAUUGUGUUUAACUACAGUAUAGUCACAUUAUCACCUGGUGUACCCCUAACAAACAUGUCCCACAGCCAGCCUGUAGAGGGCAGCAAACAUGUAAAGAACGCCACAGAAACAGAGAGACAGAGAAGAAAAUAUAAAGAUUGUAUGCUAGAUACUUAAUCUGAUCAGAGAGUGGAUACUUUGAGAUAGAUCAGUGCCCAGAUGAGUCUAAAUCAGAGCUGUUUACUGGUGUAAGCAGCCCCUUAAAGCACCAACACCAACACCCACUCCAGCAGCAAAGAAAGACAAAGACAUGAGGUAAUGUCUGCAGGCUCAGAGAGACAGAGACAGAAAGAAAGGGGUGGGAGUAGAUGGUGCGGAGCUGCUUUACUGUUAAACAGUCACCAGUACUCCCAGUGCAACGACUAAAAAUCCCCAUUUAUGUUUAUAUCUGUCCCAUAAAAUUUGCUUUUUAAAAAGAUUAUCGGAGGAAAAUUACUUCAGAAAUAAUAACAAUUAUGGUAUCAUUACACAUGUAUAGAAAAUGCACAGUCUGCUUGGACUUUACUGUACAAAGAAUUGCAAGCGGGUUCUGUCAGACAUAGCCUCUGUGUGGAGGAGGAUUGGGUUGAUAAUUCUCCUUUUUUUAUUUAUUUUAAUUCUUUUUUUUUUUUUUUUUUUUGCAGGGUUCUUCAGUUCUGGCUCUCGUUUUAUGUAUUUUAAUUAUUAACUAAGUUAAAAGCAAUUUAAUAUUUUAAGCUCUGCGGAUUAUAAUCUAAUAAAAGAGAGAAAUGCCA